AUGGGUGGUGCUCAUGUCACUCAAUACACCCUGGCCAAUCAAACCUUUAAGACAGACCUGCCACUCAAAGAGGAGGAAGGUUCUUCCGGGUGCCAGAAUGCAGUAACCUAUGAUGAUGUGCAUGUGAACUUCACUUGGGAUGAAUGGGCUUUACUGGAUCCUUCACAGAAGAGUCUCUACAGAGAUGUGAUGCUGGAGACCUACAGGAAUCUCAAGGCUAUAGGCUACAAUUGGGAAGAUGACAAUAUUGAAGAACAUUUACCAAGUUUUAGAAGACAUAGAAGGUAA